CUUCUCUGGGCACACCUUGGCGUCACCCAAUGAUAAUCGAAGUGCUUGACGCAUAGCCAUCAUCAUGCAGAGCAUGGCCCCGUCUCAAGCAGCCAGUGGCCAGGCAGGUGGCUUCGACAAGGCUUCUCCAGGCGUUGAGCCAAGGAUCGACCCCAGCUCAGCCACAUCGAGUGGAACAUCCGCAAAAGGCACAACUAAAGGCCUAGGGCCUUCUUCGAGCAAUGUGGGAGAGCCAUGCACUGACAUAAAUGGCAGCACAAUAUCAGCACUCCUACCUGCGUCCAUCUCAGAGAAUCCGUAUUUCUCAGCAGGGUUUGGGCUGAUGAUCUUUGGCGCAGCCCUUGGAAUCGCAAGAAAGAGCAUCACGGUCGGGGCAGCGGGGGUGCAACGGCGCAUGCUUGUUUCCCUCGAGAUCACAUCCAAAGACAGAGCAUAUCCAUGGUUCCUGUACUGGAUGGGAAAGCAGGCGGAAGCGGCCUCUCUGCGCGAGGUGGGCCUACUGCCUCCACUGCCGCGCGAGGGCGUUCUGCAAUUGGCCGGAAUCACUCGACCGCCACUAUACAACGCUAGCAGUGCGGACGCCUCCAAAAGGAGUGAUAAGGUCAUACAAGUCGAAGGAGCGGAGAAUCCACUGGCGCUCUCGGAAGAGACAUCCUUGCAGCCCGUCCGCAUCUUCAGUCACGAGCUGUCCGUGGAAACGUCAGCUGUGCAAAAUGUUUAUGGGCAAGACCAUCGAGGCGGCGCGACGACAUUCACACUAAUCCCUGGUCCUGGAACGCACUUCUUUCGGUAUCAUGGGACCUGGAUGAGGAUGCAACGCGAGAGGGCUGAGAGAAUGACUGAUUUGAACAGCGGAAGGCCAUUCGAAACCGUUAAACUUAGCACAUUGCGAAGUGCAUCCUGGGUCUUCCCGAAGCUAUUGAAUGAAGCUCGUAAGCUUGCAAUGAAUGCGACACAGGGCAAGACGACAGUGUAUACCAGCUGGAGUGUCGAGUGGAGGCCUUUUGGCAAGCCACUAAGGCCUCGCGAGCUCUCCAGCGUCGUCCUAGCAAAGGGAACCAAGGAGAUGCUUGUCCAUGAUAUACGUCAUUUCCUCGAGCGGGGAAAGUGGUACGCUGAACGAGGCAUUCCAUAUCGAAGAGGCUAUUUGUUACAUGGAGCACCUGGCUCAGGAAAGACUUCAUUCAUCAUGGCGCUCGCUGGUUAUCUCGACUACAACAUCUGUUUGCUCAACCUCUCCGAGCGUGGAAUGACGGAUGACAGAUUGACACACCUGAUGACGAACGCACCGGAGCGCUCGAUCAUCCUACUGGAAGACAUUGACGCGGCAUUCACUGGCCGGCAAACAGCGGCAGAAGACGGCUACCAGGCAAAUGUGACAUUUUCCGGCCUAUUGAACGCCCUUGACGGCGUGGCAAGUGGAGAGAGUAGGAUCGUGUUCAUGACGACCAACCACGCUGAUCAACUAGAUCCGGCUCUCAUUCGUCCAGGGAGAGCGGAUGUGAUCGUAGAGCUAGGCGACGCGGAGUCGGAGCAGGUUCGAAGGCUGGUCACACGAUUCUACAGACGCACUGGCGAAGUCCCAAUAGCGGACUCGCCCGAGGCAUCGGGCCAAUUACCAGAUGAGGAGAUUGACAAGCUCGCUGGUCAGUUAGCCGAACUUGUAGACCGCGAGUCUCAGCGGCGGCGAGCGGUGCUUGGGCUUGAUCCAUCCGGCAGGCAACGCCUCGCGAAAGGUGACCGCGAUGCAAGCAAAGAUGCAUCUCAGCAGAUGCGGCAAACCAUCGGGCCGGAUCCCGCUGCUUCAGGAGGCGUGAGCAUGGCAGAGCUGCAGGGCCUGUUCAUCCGCUUUCCAGAAGAUCCCAAAGCCGCUAUUGCUGCAUUCAAGGUGGAGAGCGUCGAACGUGGCAAUCACAUCGGAAAGCGCGCGUAAGCGACAGCAGCGAACGCAGGGGUAGUGGCACCCAUGACAAGCUGCUUUGUACUUUUUCUGUUUGCAAAAUAGUACCUGCU